AAAGCGAUCCCAUUUCCAUUCCUCUUGCCUGCCUCCAAGACAAACAGUUUCCUUGCUCACUGUCUCUCUCUUUCACCACCUCUAUAUACAAGCAAACAGUUUUUAAGACGAGGCUUUCUUUUAAUUCUGAAGCUUGUUGUGCCUUGGAGCUAUUGGACGUCUCUACAAAUACGUUGGGCGCCAUGGACGGCGACUUGAAUAAGCUGAGGGUUCGGUUUUCUGGAGUAGGAAAGGGAUUUAACGGUGGUAGCCAGACUUCAGCAAUACCACAGCAAGAGAGCACAGCUCUUGGAAGAGUGGCAAUGAGCAGCAAUGGGGAAUAUGACCCUGCAUUCGCAGCCACAAUUGCAGCAGCAGCAUAUGCAAUUGCUGCACGAGAAGAGAAGCUCGCAACUCAGAAGAGGCCUGUACCCAUCGAAGUGGUGCCACCAGCCCUGUCGCCAGUCAAGAGAGCAGAAAGCAUGAAAAAGCCUGCAGGAGGCAGCAAAAUCUCAAGCUGGUUUAGUGGCAAAGGGCCUGUAGAAGAUGACGACAACGGACCAGUCAAUGUAUCAGCAAGGAGGCCACUGAAACCAGCACCGGGGAAGCCUGAAGACACAGCUUCAGAUUAUAAGGUGCCACCAAAGAUGCUUGAAUCUUCUCUGAGUGUAAAGAAGGGUUCAGGAUCCUCCAACAAAACAGCAGACAAGAAAGGGAGCAAGAAGUUUGAACAAGAACAGGCGAUUCAGAAGCCGCCAUCGACUGUCAGGCCAACGACAUCAUAUCAUUCUAGAGGGAAUGAAGAAGGCACAGUCGGAGUGACUGCUAUUGGCGGCAUGGGAACCAAGGCCGAUGAAUGGGAGAAGGCAAAGCUAGCGAGAGUUAGGGAGGAGUAUGAAAAGAUGAUGGAGACCAUAGCUGAAUGGGAGACUGAGAAGAAGGUGAAGGCGAGACGCCAAAAAGAACAGAAAGAGGCUGAGUUAGACAGGAAGAGAGCAAAGGCACUGGAAGAAUACAACCAGGAAAUAGCAAGGAUCAACAAAAUUUGUGGAGGAGCAAAGUCGAUGGCAGAUGAAAGGAAAUAUAAUGAUGAGAGGAAGAUCAGAGAGAAGGCGAACAAGAUACGGUCAGCAGGAAAGCUCCCCCGCUCAUGUGCUUGCUUUUGAGAACAAUUCUACACUAUGAAAUUUGGAAUGAAAUGAAGCAAGUGACUUGAAGGUUGUACAAGCCACAAAACAGCCAUGUAUUGUAUGGAUUGUAACAUGUAUUUGGCUUGAUGAC